CAUUCUCGUAGCUGCCGGCAGCUCAGAAGUGUCCUAAGGCGGGAGUUCCUUUAAGUAAACCCUUAAAGUGUUCUUCUAUACAAACUAAAGUGUCCGCGCGUUAUGCAUGGCGGACCCCACAGUGUUCAACACGUACAACUCGCGGCCGUGGCAAUGGUCGCCCGCACGGAGGAUGUCGGGACAGUCCGUGACGGACCGCCUGUCCGCCGUGCAGCACAGCAUCACCGGCUCGCAGCUCUCCAAGUCGGUGGUGAAGGCCACCACACAUGAAGUCAUGGGGCCCAAAAAGAAGCAUUUAGACUAUCUCCUGCAGUGCACAAACGAGCCGCACGUGAACAUUCCUCAGCUGGCGGACCUGAUCAUCGAGCGCAGCAGCAACAGCAGCUGGGUGGUGGUCUUCAAAUCCCUCGUCACUGUCCACCAUCUUAUGUGCUAUGGGAACGAGAGGUUCACACAGUACCUGGCCUCCAGAACAACAGUAUUCAACCUGGACAACUUCCUGGACAAGAGUGGGGUUCAGGGUUAUGACAUGUCUACAUUCAUCCGGAGAUAUGGGAAGUACCUGAACGAGAAGGCUUUCUCCUACCGUAAUGUGGCUUUCGACUUCACAAGAGUCAAGAGAGGUAAGGAGGAGGGAGAACUGCGGAACAUGGGCACAGAGAAACUGCUGAAGACGCUGCCUGUGGUGCAGCAACAACUGGACGCCCUGCUGGAGUUCGAUGUGACUCCUAACGAGCUGACUAACGGAGUCAUCAACAGCUGCUUCAUGCUGCUCUUUAAGGACUGCAUCAGGCUCUUCGCCUGCUACAACGAUGGAAUCAUCAACUUGUUAGAGAAAUACUUUGACAUGAAUAAGAAGCAGUGUAAGGAAGGGCUGGACAACUACAAGAAGUUCCUCAUCAGGAUGGACAAGGUGUCCGACUUCCUCAAGACAGCAGAGCAAGUUGGAAUAGACAAGGGAGAGAUCCCCGAUCUAACCAAAGUAAGUCAGGCUCAAGCCCCUGCCAGCCUACUGGAUGCCCUGGAGCAGCACCUGGCAGCCAUGGAAGGGAAGAAGGGCAAGUCAGAAAGACCAGCGAACCUGCAGACGUCUGUGAACGCCCUGACCGCCACGGGAUCGUCGUUCGAUGCAGCAGCGAUCCAGAACAACUCGUCCACCACCAUUCUCACCACUGUUAACGAGGCAGAGAAGCAGAAGUUUCUGGAAGAGGAGAACAAAAGACUCAACGCAUUAAAGGAGCAACGGCUGAAAGAAGCCAACCACGUUCAGGUCGCCGACUUCGGCCAGCCCACGGAGCAGCGAAUGAAGGAGUUACAGCAGAGUCCCCAGCAGCCGGCGCAGGUCGCCGUCGCCCCCCCUCCCGUCACCUCCACCAACCCCUUCCUCACUGCCUCCCCCCCUGCAGCCGCCCCCCCUGCAGCCACCACACAACAGCUGGAUCUGUUCUCACCCCCUCCUGCACAGAACACUGCCGCGGUGAAGCCGUCAGACGACCUGCUCGCCCUCGAUGUGAACCCAUUCCAGCAGAUUCAGGCCACGAUAGCCCAGCAGUCCAUGGCACAGCCACAGAUGAGUGCGGCUCCACAGAUGUGGGGGGCUCCUGCUCCCACAAAUAAUGGGAUGCAGCCAGACUUUAGCUCAGCUUUUGGACAGAACGCUGGACCCCAGUCCGCAUCACAGCCAGGUAUGGACUCUUUUUAUCAUCAUAAGGAUUCGGAUAUUUUUGGUAUUUGUGUAAGUUUCGAAAUAGAAACGGAUUAA